CCUAAGCCGUCUUAUCGUUUGUCCCGCUCCGGCUACAUGGACCAUCCUAGCUCAUCGCGCAACGGCCGAUCCCUACGCUCUAGUCUCAUCAGCUUCCGUCAGGGCUCCCGCGGAAAAUCCGGCAACAAGUUAUCCGUCGAUGAAGAGAGGGAAGACGAGAAGACGAUUGAGAAGCUCACUUUGGAAAACUGGAAACUGAAACGACAGGUCGAUGAGGAAAGCGAGGACCUGCGCUUGCUGAUGGAGCAAUUCCAGGAACAGCUUGUAGUCAUGCGCGGAAUGAAAAUCCAGCUUGACAGUGCAGCAUCGACGGCUACGCUCCAAAACUCGGUCAGGGUGGAGAUAGCUGCCAAACUUGGCGAGAGCAAGCAACAGAUGUGCUACUUCAAGACGCACCAGAAGGACAUUGUGAAGAUUUGUCAAACUAUUGUAGAUCCACAAUCUCCGGAGUCCACAGAUGACGAAGAAGAGAUCCCACCGAGAACUUUGGCACAACAGAACCUGUUCUACUCGGAGAAAGUUCUGGAGAAAUACAAUUGUGAUAAUCCGGGUGCUGAUUUCGUACUCGAUGAAGCAUUAGCCACCUAUCCAUUUAACUCUCGAGGCACGUGGAUCAUCCAUCUCAACUUCACAGCCAAAGAUAAGGCUGGAUAUGUCCACCGUUUGUUUGGGGAGACGACGGUUGAGCUUAAACCUGGGGAUCCGGUUGAAGUACUAUCAUAUUGUAUUCUAACUCCUGGUGAAAAUGGUGACUAUUCUAGUCUGAAGAAGGGUUGUCGACGAUGUGAUCCCACCUGUUUCGUGCCGAUCUAUCAUCCGGACGAAAAUUGCUUUAAGCGGGGGCACUUCAAUCCUCAUCAUCCUUGACUUGAUUGGUUUCAGGAUGGCCGCUGAACAAAACAUACUGUCUAAUGCUCAUCUCUCAUUUUGCUUUGAUGAACGGUUUCUACAAUUUGUAGCUAUCUAAUCUCAACUUUUGUCAUGGUUGGUGGCGUUUACGUAGUCACUUGAAAAUAUAGUAUGAUACAAAUUUGUAGCUCAACAACUUUCUUCUCAAACUGUUAAUUUAUGACACACAUUUUAUUUCUCGUGUCAAUUUCGUAUCAAUUUGGUUUAUUGCAUGAGGCUUGAUGCAGGGAAGAUGUAUAAAUGUAAGGUUCAGGGAGAUUAAACUGAAGUAUGUUGUGCAGAGCAGUUGAAAUCCUCUCGAGACUUGGAUAGGAGUAAGCUUACUCAUAAUCAUAAUAACAUGGUACAAAGGAAUUGUCGGCUGAUGCCAAACCUCAUCUUGGAUAUGAGUUCAGUGGAAGCUUAGAAUAAUUGUGCUGCAUCUUUCUCACCGCACGGCAUUGUGAGUUCUGUUCCUUAAUGUAAGCUUUUUUAGGGUAGGAGAAUCCAAAAACAAAGUUCGAUGUCAUAGGGCGCAACCCCGAGAAACAUAGAACACAAUCCCGACUAAAUGCUUUUGGGCGGUCAAGUCUUAUCAAAGAGCUGAAUUAGUCUUCUCUCAACCUUUGCUCAAACUCACAAGUGGGGAGAACCCAGCAACCAAUCCAAGGCGAGGACGACAACGGCGAAGUCGACGGAAGCAGAGGUCUCGAGGGCGGCGUCGGGAUGGGGUACUUAAUCCAAUGGAAAGACGGUCACGGACCCUCCUGGGUCCUCUCCGACUAGAUCGCCAAGAACGUUGCCGCCGAGUACGAAUUCGACCGCCGCCAUCAUCCUUCUCGAAUCCAAGAACAUUGUCGCCUAGUACGAAUCCGCCACCAUCGUCGGCCCUCCAAUCCAUCCUCGAAUCCCACGGCCGAAACGUCUGGGUUGUGGACUUGGCGGGCCGGACGGCGCUUCACUUCGUGUCGGGCCUCGAUUCCGAGCAGUUCCACCCUCGAAUAUGACGGCUGCGACACCCGAGACGUUUGGGCUGCGGACCUGGCCGGCCGGACGGCGCUCUACUUCGUGCCGGGCCUCUGUUCCGAGCAGUGGCUGAAAAAGAGAAGUAUAUUUGUAGUUUGUAGGGUUAAUGACAGAAAUAUUGUUUUUUUUUUAAUUUACCACGAAUAAGGCCAGUUAAAAAUUAUUGACAAAGAUAUUGUGUUUUAGAGAUAAGAAUCGGCGGGGACACCUGAGACUCAGGCGCUGCCGCUUCAGCUUGGUUUUUGGACCGUUUUAUUUAGUUGGCAGCGGCGGCGCUCAAGACUCAGGCGGUGGCGCCCGAGACUCAGGCGGCGGCGCCCGAGACUGAAGCGAGUAGGUGGGAAAUCAAGACUCAGGCGGUGG